UUUCGCAAACAACGGUUUGUUGACUGACUGAAUUGAAAACUAACUACAAAUUUAAAUAACUACGUAAACUGAUCACCAAUGAACAUCAAUGUGCUUCUUUUAACACUUCUCAUUGUCGUUAAAGGACAAACAUUUGGACAAAAUGCCACGAUAUCGGACGAGACAUUGAACGCCUACAAUUUCGGAGUUUACAGGGGCAUUAUCGAUCCCAAUAAAUACUCGUUGGAAUUAUUCGCACAACAUGAUAGAGACGUCUUCAGGAAAACCUACCAAGACUACAUUACGCUGUACAAUGAACAAGACGAGCCAAUAUCUUAUCAUGAGUGGUUAGUUAUGAACAACUACGGUAUAAUGCCAGAUACUCAAGAGUCACUGUUCAAAGACAAAAACAUCGCGCGCUGUAUAGGGUGUGACGACUGUGACAGUUGUGAGGACUGCGAGAGUUGUGAGAGCGAGGAAAAUACUGACUACAAGAAACUAUUUCUACAAGUAGUCAAAACAGGGGACAUUCUAAUCUCGGGAAAAAGCAGAGGUGGGUUGAUAGGCCACGCGGCGCUAAUGGUCUCUGACUACUGGGUACUAGAAAUGCGCGGCGGUAGUAGGUGGAAGAAAGGUAUAAAAAACAAUAACAGGCAACUUUCUAAGAAGGAUUGGUACGACAAGAAUAAGUCUGAAUGGACUACCGUGUACCGUUGUCCUGAUAAAAAGGCGGCAGAGCGGGCAGCACUUUGGGCAGAUCGCAAUUACUUUAACCCACGCGGAGGUCAAGAAAAAACUAUACGUAUUACUUACAAGAUAACCGCGGAUUUUGAAUGUACGAACCCCAGCUAUAGUUCCAAACUGGUGCUUCAAUCAUAUUACUUCUCCACUCCAGGUAUAAUAAGAGAUCCAUCGGAAUACGGAGAAAUUAUUGUACCAAACGCUAUACCAGCAUAUUUUCUCGAUCCUUACAAAUUACGGAAAAUAGGAAAAUAUUGAAUGAUGUAAUUAAUAUCUUUGUUAAUACUCAAAUAAAAACAUGAUAUUCAA